AUGGAUGAUAUGCAUGAUGAUUAUCUUAUUCAUAGUGACUCUGAGGGAUUCUCUGAUGGUAUCGAAGAUGAAUUUGAACGCGUAAAUGAUGACGAAAAUAACGAUGAAGUUGUUAAACCCCAUAUUAAAGUUUUUACCCCAAAAAUGCUAAUUCGUUAUAUGUUGGAGAAUGUUAAAAGUGUUGAGCAAAUUACUCUCCUUCCAAAGACUAUCAACAGGCUUCUUCUCGACCAUUUCAAGUGGAGCCAAGAUGAUUUAACAGAUCGGUAUUUCGAAGCAUCAGAUUCACUCGCUUUCCUUAAAAAAACAAUUUUGCCUACAUUGGAUCCCUCUUAUACCGAAUUACCAUCUUUGAAACUUAGGUCUUAUAGUGACCUCCAUUCACCAAAAGAUUCUGAUGUUCGGGAAAUCGCUUGUGAUAUUUGCUGUGAUUUUCAUCCACCUGAUCAGAUAUUUGCCCUGGGUUGUAAUCAUUUCUACUGCCGUAACUGUUGGACACUGUACUUGGAGAGCAAGAUUUUAAACAAUAAUCAAGCCAAUAAACUCACUUGUCCGACUCCCAAAUGUGAGUGCUUGAUUGAUGAUGAUUGUGUAGCUGAUCUCCUUUCCUCUUCUCUUGAACCAUCAAUCUUCUCUUCAUCUGACUAUCAAACUGGCGGUGUUGAUCCCACCUUCUCCAAUCCCAUCUCCCAUCAAUCCCGGGCUUUCAGGGCAUUUCAACGCUUGGUUGUCAAUAGUUUUGUUCAACAUCACCGUCAUCUCACUUGGUGCCCAGGUGUAGACUGUGGCUAUGCUGUUUGUUCUAAUGAGGAGUAUGGAACUAUGGGGCCUGAAGGCAAAAUGAUUGAAAUUACUUGCUCAAAUUGCCAUGAGAUUUUCUGCUUUAAUUGUGGUAAUCCAUGGCAUGAACCCGUUCUCUGCAAUUACCUCAAACUUUGGCUCACUAAGAUGAAAAAUGACUCGGGUACAGCUCAUUGGGUAGCAGCUAACACUAAAGAGUGUCCAAGGUGUAAAGCGACAAUUGAGAAGAAUGGCGGAUGUAACCAUAUGACAUGUCGUAACGCUAAUUGCAAAUAUGAGUUUUGUUGGGUGUGUUUGGGUGGUUGGGAUGCACAUGGAGCUCAAUGGUAUGUCUGCAAUAGCUACAAGGAGGCUGCUGCGCAAAAGGCUCGGGAAGCACAAGAUAAAAGUCGUGAAGCGCUCUCCCGCUAUCUCUUCUUCUACGAUCGCUAUGCAAACCACGAUCAAUCUCGAAAGUUAGAAGCCACGCUAAAGGAUUCGGUUGCUAAUCGCAUGCAAGAGCUUGAGGAUCAGGGUUUUAAUUGGAUAGAUGUCAAAUUCAUUCGUCAUGUAGUGGAAGUUUUAUGUGCUUGUCGACGAACACUCAUGUAUACAUAUGUGUUUGCCUACUUCCUCAAACCCAGCAAUGAGGCAAUCAUUUUUGAGACUAACCAAAGUGAUUUGGAACGCGCGGCGGAGAAUCUCUCGAGGAUUUUAGAGAAUGAACUGAAUGGUGUGAUUGCUGCUCAAGACUUGACAAAAAAGCUUCAAGAUACAUCUAGGUAUUGUUCUAGCCGUAGGGAAGUCCUGCUUCAACACGUUAAAGAGGGAUAUCAGAAUGGGAAGUGGCAGCAUCGUGAUAAUCUAUGA